AUUUGGAUCAUACAGCGGAUGUCCAGUUACACGCAUGGGGAGAUACUCUGGAGGAAGCAUUCGAGCAAUGUGCAAUGGCCAUGUUUGGUUACAUGACAGAUACUGGGACAGUGGAGCCCCUCCAAACAGUAGAAGUAGAAACCCAAGGAGAUGACUUACAGUCUCUUCUGUUUCACUUUUUGGAUGAAUGGCUUUAUAAGUUCAGUGCUGAUGAAUUCUUCAUACCCCGGGAAGUGAAAGUACUUAGUAUUGAUCAAAGAAAUUUCAAAUUACGAUCAAUUGGGUAAGUUUUGAAAGUAUUUUAAGUACUAAGUUAAAGUUAUAUUCUUCAUUGAAUUCAAUGGGCAAGGAAACAGAGGGCCACUUGCAGAUUGAGUUUUGUGGGAUGCCUAAGGGCUUGGAAGGACCAGAAACUUAUCAAAAUAAAGUUGAUUUUAAUUGUUAAAUCUGAUUCCCAAUUUGUUGAUUUUUAGGGAGAGAAUACAAAUAAUUGCUAAAUGGCACAGCAUGAAGCCCAGCUUAGUGGAUGGGAAACACUGACACAUUUUUUUCUCAUACAUUCUCACUUCUAGACCUGUUUAAAUCAGUUCCUUCUAUUAACAAAUCGUACUUUUCCUUCUAGAGUUUGCAAACACUUAGUUAGGUCACUUUGACUGGACUUAUCUCUCAGGUUUCUUUAGUCACUUAAUUAUAUUUUUUAGGUUUAAAAAUUUUUUUAUUUUUUUUAGAUAGGGUCUUGUUCUGUCACCCAGGCUGGAGUACAGUGGUGCGGUCACGGCUCACUACAGCUUCAGCCUCCUGGGCUCAAGGGAUCCUCCCACCUCAGCCUCCUGAAUAGCUGGGACCACCAAGUGCAUCACUACGCCUGGCUGACUCUUUUGUUUUCUGAAGAGAUGGGGUCUCCCCAUGUUGCCCAGGCUGGUCUCAAACUCCUGGGCUCAGGCAGUCCUCUGGCCUCAGCCUCCCAAAGUGCUGAGAUAACAGGCAUGAGCCACUGUUUCUGGCCCUCCUAGGUUACUUUUACAUACAACUUUUUAAUUUUAUUUUAAUUUAUUUUUUAUUUUAUUUUAUUUUUCUUUUGAGACAGAGUCUCGCUCUGUUGCUCA